ACUUCUAUUCGUGAUAACAAAUUGAAUGUCAAAUAUGACAAAAUGUUACUUUAUCGUGUUCUUGGUAAAGAAGUAUUAUUAAUAACAUUUCUUAAAAUGAACGAUAAUUUAUAAUUUAGGGAUUUGUAUGAUAAGAAAACCGUGAUCAUUAAAAUUAAGUACUUUAUACCCGUUGACAGUUUACUAAAGAAAGAUGUGGUCAAUUAUAAUUUUAAUAUUUUUAUCUAUUGUAUCUUACCUUUUAACUGAUGAGUUAAUACCUAAAAUUAAAAAUCUUUUCAUAAAUGCUGGAUUAUUUGGUAUUGAUCUUUGUAAGGUAUCCAAAGAAAAAAUACCUGAAGCUAUCGGAGUUGUAUCAGGAUGUGUUUUCUUGGUGACGAUUUUUAUGUUCAUACCAAUUGUUUUUGGCAAUGAUCUGAUGGAUAGAGGAAAUUUUCCUCAUAAUGAGUUUGCAGAAUUACUUGCAGCAUUAUUGUCAAUAUGUUGUAUGUUACUGCUGGGAUUUGCAGAUGAUGUAUUAAAUUUGAAAUGGAGAUACAAAUUACUUCUUCCAACAGUAGCAUCUUUACCAUUACUUGUGGUUUACUAUGUAAAUUUUAAUUCUACUACUUUUAUUGUACCAAUUCCUCUAAGGCCUUUCUUUGGGAAUUCCGUCAAUAUUGGUUUCUUGUACUACAUUUAUAUGGGAAUGUUAGCUGUCUUCUGCACCAAUGCUAUAAAUAUAUUGGCUGGAAUAAAUGGUCUUGAAGUGGGUCAAUCAGCUAUAAUAGCAAUGUCUAUAAUAAUUUUUGAUAUAAUUGAAUUAAGAGGUGAUCAGUUCAAAGCUCAUAGCUUUUCUCUUCAUAUUAUGAUUCCAUAUCUUGCCACCACACUGGCCUUAUUAAAACAUAAUUGGUAUCCAUCGAAAGUUUUUGUGGGAGACACAUUUUGCUAUGUAUCAGGCAUGACUUUUGCAGUAGUUGCCAUUCUCAGUCAUUUCAGUAAAACUGUUUUAUUAUUUUUUCUGCCUCAAAUUAUCAAUUUUGUGUAUUCUGUACCACAACUUUUUCAUAUCAUACCUUGUCCAAGACAUAGACUUCCGAAGUAUAGUGCAGAAACAGACUUACUUUAUCCAAGUAAAACUGUCAUUUUGAAAAAGGAUAUGAAUAUGUUACACAAAUAUAUUUUACAAGUAUUGACAUUGUUUCGGCUAGUUGAUAAGCAGGAAGAUGACGGCUGUAUUAUAAUUAACAACAUGACUCUGAUAAAUUUAUUCUUGAUAAAAUUAGGACCCAUGUCUGAAGUUCGAUUAACUUCAAGUUUGUUAGUAUUUCAAAUACUGUGUACAUGUAUUGCAUUUAUAGUAAGAUAUCCAAUGGCCUCAUAUUUUUAUUGAUUAUCACUUAUUUUAUUGAAUUUUUAUACAGUAAUUUAAUUAUAUAUAUGAUAAGAGUGAUGUUAAGAGCAUUUUUAUUUAGAAAUUCAUAACUGACAAAUUAUGAAUUUCAUAACUUAAAUAAUAUGAGUUAUCAGAUAAAGAAAUGUAGGUGAAACUAAUCUAAACCAAUCUCAUUAAACUAUUAUACUAUUUAAAUACAUCUAGUUACUGAAUAAUUGGAUCAUGAAUAUGAUUAUUAAAACAAAGCCUUUUUUGUAUAUUAAAAUAACCGAAAAACCACUUUAAACUAAUCAACAUCUACAUUGUAAUUUAUUACAUAAAAAAAAAUGAGGCUGUGAGCUAGACCGACCGAUGAAAUUAUAAGAUUCUAGCCAAAGUUUAAAAAAUUAAAUUAUUUAGUAAUAUAAAACUAAUAUUGU